AUGAUUAAUGAAAUAGAGGAUAAUCUUAACAAUCAGACUACAGAUUCACUGUAUAAUACACAUACAAGCACACCUACAACCACAGCAUCAAAGGUACCUAUUUUACAAUCACAAUCAACUCCUACAAAUAAUGCCACUCCAUCUUUAAGUUCACAAUCAUCACCACCAAUACUACAAAAUUUCAAUCAAGAUAAUAAUAAAUUUAUAAAAAAUUUAUUUGACAAUAAUGUUUUAACUCAUGGUUAUGUACAUGGUCAUAUUCAUAAACAUAAAGAUCAUACACAUAUCCACGGGCAUAUUCAUAAUCAUGAUCAUGAUCAUCAUUUCAAAAAUCAGCAACAACUGGGACAAGAACAAGAACAAGAACAAGUACAAGAACAAGAUCUCAUACCUACAGAUAUAUCAUGUCCCGACUUUGAAAAUUUAGCAUUAUGUAAAGAUGUAUUUUGUAAUGAUUUAGAUGAUUGUUUCUUUUUAAAUUGUGAUGAUUCAAGAAUAUUAAAUUGUAAUAAUUUAGAUGAAAUUUGUUGUAAUGAUAAAUAUUGUCAAGAAGCAGAAAAUGAGAAUUUGAAUAAAAUAUGUGAUGGUGUUAAAACUAGUGCAGAUGAUUCAAUAAUUUGUAAUAAUCCAAAUUGUGACCAGCCAAAUGAUUGUUAUAAAGAAGUGGUCAAUUCACAUCUAGAUAAAAAUAAUCUAUGUGAAUUACAAUUAUCAAAGAAACCCAUAUUUGAAAAUUUGAUAAAUAAUGUACAUCAAAAUGUACAUCAAAAUCUACAAUAUCAAAAUGAAGAACCAAUACAGGAACCACCGACAAAGAAAAUUAGAUACGAAAAUAAUGUACUUAGAUCAGAUUUUGAUCUACAUUUCCCUCAUCAUUGUCAUCCUGAUGAUGUUAAAGAUUCAAAUAAUCAUCAUCAUUUCCAUCAAUCAUGUUUUCAUACAACUAUACCUGAAAAAUCAAAUUCAACAAUAAAUUUUGAGAAUAUAAAUGAAGAAAUGAUGAAUGAUUUUGAUUUCGUCAUACAUUUCAAUCAAAUGCUAAAUAAUAAUCAAAAUAACACAAAUGUGGAAGUUAUAGAUGAAAAUAAGCAAAAUGAAUUGCCUUAUUCAUGUCAAUGGGAGAAAUGUUUUAAAAAAGUGAAUGAUGAAACUUUAUUGAAUCACGUAUUAAAUAAUCAUAUAGAAAAUGAGAUUACUAAAAAUGUAUCAACUUAUCAAUGUGAAUGGAACGAUUGUAAUUUUAUGAAUAAUGAUUUAAAUUUACUUAUCAACCAUCUAAAUACUCAUAAAUCACAAUCUACACAACAAUUACCACAACAACCAAAUAUAUUAACUCCAUUAUCUACAACUACGAUAAAAUCAACACCUGCAUCACCUAUAAAUUAUCAAAAUAAUGAUCUAAAUAUAACUUCGAUGAAAAUUUUGCCCAAAAAGAGAAGACCCGAAACUGAAGAUUUAGAAUUCAAAUGUAAAUGGCAAAUUGGAGUUGAUUCACAAAAUAAUCCAAUUCCAUGUAAUGUAAAACAUGCAAAUGCAGGAGAUUUACAGAAUCAUUUAAUCAAUGAUCAUAUAGGAUCUGGAAAAUCAAUAUAUAAUUGUCGUUGGAUUGGAUGUGAACGUCAUAAUGGGAAAUUUUUCACCCAACGUCAAAAAUUGUUUCGUCAUAUUCAUAUUCAUACAAAUUAUAAACCUUGUAAGUGUGAAAUUUGUGGUUCUUGUUUUGCUGUUGAUUCAAUGUUACUACAACAUUUACGAACUCAUAGUGGCGAAAAACCAUUUAAAUGUCAAGAAUGUGGGAAAUCAUUUGCUACUUCUUCUUCAUUAUCAAUUCAUAAACGAGUACAUACUGGUGAAAAACCAAGUAUUUGUAAAUAUCCAGGUUGUGGUAAAAGAUUUAGUGAAUCAUCAAAUUUGUUAAAACAUGAAAAAAUACAUGAAAAGAAUUUUAGGUGUCAAAUAUGUAAUGAAAUAUUUGAAAAGAAGAAGGAACUAACAAAACAUAUGAAGAGUCAUAAAACUAACAGCUCAAAUAAUAAUGGUUCAAAUUUAAAUUAUAAUCUAUUAUCGAUUUAG